CAGUUCGAGUCUGACAGGGGGAGGGGCUUCUAGCAGGAGGUCACAACAAUCAUGGCGUGCAGAGGAUUUAUCACAAGAUGGGGCAAAACAGAGUUCUAUAGAUCGCCAAUUACCUUUUCCAGAUGCUCAAGGCUCAACCCAUACCAGCAACAGAGGAGUGGGUUCCGCCGGGAAGCUAAAAGGACAGAUACCAAAAAGGGAAAUGUCAACCAGCAACAAACCAAAACGUCACCCCCCGAGGCUGGCCCACCGGGACCCCCACCUCCUCGCAAAGUCAAACAGCCAAGGCUCUUUAGACCACUGAUGUUCACAGUAGGGUUUGCAGGUUGUUCCUUUGGUGGGGCGGCCAUUUUGCAGUAUGAGACUCUGAAAGCAAGAGUUCAAAUUGCAAAAGAUGGAGAGGAGUUAGAAAAACUCGUAAUGGGUUCCCAGGACAUGGCGUACUGGCACGACUGGUGGAACCAACUGUCCAGCUUCCAGCGGCAGCUCCUCCUCCUGGUGUCCAUGGUAGAUGACUUCUGGAGAAGCCUUACAGAGGGACAGAGGACUGCUACUGGAAUUAUAGCUAUAAACGCUGCAGUUCUAUGUUGCUGGAGGAUCCCGGCGAUGCAAAGAACUAUGAUUAAGUACUUCACAUCCAACCCAGCCUCCAAAACACAGUGCCUUCCCAUGAUUCUGUCUUCCUUCAGCCACUACUCCAUUAUCCACAUGGUGGCCAAUAUGUAUGUCCUAUGGACGUUUUCCUCCGGUAUCGUCUCCCUCCUAGGCAAAGAACAGUUUCUUGCAGUCUACCUCUCAGCUGGCGUGAUAUCUACUAUGGUCAGUUAUGCUUGUAAAACCGCCACCGGGCGAUUCUACCCAUCACUUGGGGCGUCAGGUGCUGUCAUGGCUGUACUCGCUGCAGUCUGUACGAAAGUACCAGAGGCCAAGCUCGGCAUUAUCUUCCUUCCUAUGGUCACUUUCACUGCCGGAAACGCUCUCAAAGCACUUGUGGCCAUAGAUACGGCGGGGCUCAUCUUGGGAUGGCGGCUGUUUGAUCAUGCUGCUCACCUUGGCGGAGCUCUCUUUGGAGUCUGGUAUGUGGCGUAUGGUCACAAACUAAUUUGGAGAAGGAGGGAGCCUCUUGUGAAGCUGUGGCAUGAGCUUCGCUCUAAGGGUGGCAAGGGCUCGAGGCCCGGCGGUGGGCCUGAGGUCAGAGGUGGUGGUGGAGGACAGAAGUAACCCUACCUAAAGAUCCCUGAAGUUCUCUACCAACAGGAAUUCUCUGGUCAUGGAAAAGAUCUGGAUGUUUUCAAUUUGUUGAAGUGGGUUGUUAUGUUUCAUGAAUAAAUAUUAAAAUAUGCAAACAUUUAA